AUGCACCGGCUGUCGGUGGACAUUUUCGCGCCCGGCGCCGAGGGCUGCCUCCGCGGGCUCGUGGAUGAGGGCUUCGACCUCGUCAUGUCCUUCGAGGUGGCCGAGCACGUGCCCGCCCAGUUCCACGACCGCCUGGUGCAGAUGCUCGCCAAGGCCACGCGGCGCUGGCCGGUGUUCUCCGCGGCGCGGCCGGGCCAGCUGGGGACCGGCCACCUGAACGAGUCCAUGGGGCCACGGCAGGAAUGGCAGAGGAUGUUCGAGGAGCAAGGCCUGGUAUACAUGCCCGGGCUGUCAGGAGUCGCUCGAGGCGCGGCGUACCAUUACCGCGGCUACGACCUCUUCGGGAACACCAUCGUCAUGAAGCACCCUUCCAACCUGGAGCCGGACACGCAGCAAGCGGCGCACAGCCUCUGCGCCAUGCAGCAGGAGUUGCCUCUCCGCUUCUUUGACAGCGGCGGGACCUGCAAGGAGACGGGCACGUCACUGGAGGAACGGAAGAACAUGACAGGAGAGCGAGACCGGCUGGAGGCACAGCUGUGGCCAAGCCUCACUGCCCUCACGCAGAGCGCGCGCAGUGGUGCGGCGCCCUGCAACGGCAGCGCGCAGCCCGCGGCGUGA